CACACACACACAUACACACACACAGCCUCAAAACAUGAUCAUCUUCCAGCGGUGCAUCUUCAAGAGAGUCCUCCAGCAGUUUUAUGCAGGGAGUCAGGAAACCAGUGGAAGUCUGCUGCGUGGACUCCCCACUCUGAACGGACACAGGAGCGAAUCAAACCUUGCAGGAGUGAGGGAGCGGACCCUCAUAGCUGUAAAGCCCGAUGGGGUCCAGCGUCGUCUUGUUGGACAAAUAAUUCAGCGUUUUGAGCUGCGCGGCUUCAAACUGGUUGGUCUGAAAAUGCUGCAGGUUUCUGAAGACCUGCUGUCUCGGCACUACAGUCAGCUCACGGGGAAGCCAUUCUAUCCCGACCUGGUCAAAUACAUGACUUCAGGACCUGUGGUUGUCAUGGUGUGGGAAGGGUACAAUGCAGUGCAGACGUCACGCGCUAUGGUCGGACUUACUAACCCAGCAGAUGCCCAGGCUGGUACAGUCCGAGGAGACUUCAGUAUCCACGUCAGCAGGAAUGUGGUUCACGCAAGCGAUUCACCGGAGGGGGCACAAAAGGAGAUCCAGUUGUGGUUUCAGGGACAAGAGCUACUGAACUGGGACUGCUGCUAUCACAACAUCACCUGUGAACUGUGAAUCCACUGAGAGUCAGAUGCAGUGAGAAUCAUUUGCACUACCUCUUCUCCUGGUGCUCAUUAUUCUGUCUCCUCUGACAGAUUAUACAAUGUCAUUUACUGGCACACACUGUAGUGGGUGUAUUGAACAAGAGCCACAUUAACAGAAUCCACCCUCUUGUCUCAGGAUUACUCGAGCUUUGUUAUCAUUGGUAUUUAGUCUGUUGGAGUGUGUUGAUAUUUGAUGUAUAUUAUGAAUAACUGAGCCAUUUGAAGUCAUGGGGAAUGAGGUUCAUGAAAUGUGCACAACAUGUGUAAUUUUUCUUCCUUUUUGUUUUAAUUGAAGCUAGUGAAUUGACAGCGAUAUAUUCUUCAGAACAACAGUAAAUACUCAUGAUGAUGUGUAGAAAAGACUCCAGAGUCAUAGAAAAAGUCAGGACCGAAACUGUAUGUUUCAGUUAAAUAUAUUA